AUGGCCGUAGAUAAGGGACGGCAAAAUCACGAGGCAACAGAAGCGAGUCCGCUCCUGCGCCCGGAUCCUCCGAAUGAAGCCAACGGCGCCCAUGCCGGAGCAGGAGGCAACGGUACCAUUGCCGACUCGUUGACACAAAGCUCCUCGAACACGGCCGUUGCGGCGAAUGCACGAGGCCGUGAGCCCAUUCCGGCCGAGAAUGGUGGCGACGAGGUCACACGGGAGGGCAUCCCCGAGAUGGCCAAGAGGCUGCACAUCUUGUUGCCUGCAAUAGGCAUUGGCAUCUUCUUGUGUGCCCUCGACCAGCUUCUCGCCGUGGCGACUUAUGCCAAGAUUGGGAGCGACCUGAAGGCCCUCAACUCUACCAGCUGGAUUGCCACAGCAUACUUCCUCACCCUCACGAGCUGCCAGCCUCUGUACGGCAAGCUCUCUGAUAUCUUCGGUAGGAAAGAGUGUCUACUGUUCGCCUAUGUCGUGUUUGGCCUGGGCUGCCUGGGCUGCGGCCUGGCGCAGGACAUCACCCAGCUGAUCAUCUCCCGGGCCGUGGCUGGCAUCGGCGGCGGCGGCAUGAACGCCGUCGUCUCCAUCCUGCUGACUGACAUCGUGCCCUUGCGAGAGCGCGGCGUCUGGCAGGGGUAUAUGAACAUCAUAUUCGGUGCAGGGACAGCUACGGGAGCGCCCUUGGGCGGCCUGCUCGCUGACUCGUUGGGGUGGCGGUGGUCUUUCAUCGGGCAGGUGCCCGUCGUCAUGCUCGCUUUCAUUACCGUCUACCUUGUGCUCCACCUCCCCAAGAGAGACGACUCUCACUGGAGGGAGAAGCUCGCCCGGGUCGACUUCCUCGGCGCCUUCUUCCUCGUCUCGGCUGUGCUCUGCCUCCUGCUCGGCCUCGACAACGGCAGCAAUGAGGGCUGGGGCAAGACGCAGACCAUCGUACCGCUCGCUGUCUCCCCGGCCUUGUUCGCCAUCUUCAUUUUUGUUGAAGUUCGGGUGGCGUCACACCCUUUUGCUCCGGGGCACAUUAUCUUCGAGCGGUCCCUUUUCGCGGCAUAUUUGUGCAACUUUUUCGGCGUGCUUGGACAGAUGCCCGUCUUGUUUUUCUUGCCUCUGUUGUACCAAGCAGUGGAUGGCGUUUCAACUGUCCACGCCGGGCUGCUACUGAUGCCGGCUUCCAUAUUCGGUGUCAGCGCGUCGUUGGGCGCUGGAUUUGUAAUGCGGCGGACCGGCCGCUUUUUCUGGAUUAAUGCCGCCGGCUGGGGCUUGCUUUUGUUCAGCAUCGUGCCCAUGGUCUUGUUCUCCGGGCCCUGGUUCAAGUCUGAAGUUGGUACAUCGAUUGCGCUGGCGAUGCAAGCCCUGGGUGCUGGAACAGUAGCACUCAUCUCCAACGCCGCCAAGGAAGACGCAGCAGUUGUCAUCGCCUGCAGCUAUCUCUUCCGCUCUCUCGGGUCGGCCAUUGGCGUCAGCGUCGCCUCCGCGAUCUUGCAGCAGGUCCUUCGAUCCCAGCUUGCAGAGCAGCUCGGCAGCGGCCAGGACGCGUGGGAGAUAGAGGAGCGCGUCCGUGAGAGCCUGGACUAUAUUGCGCAGCUGCCGCCGGGUACGGCUGUCAUUGUGCGUCGUUGUUACCAAAUAGCCACCAUGAGUGUUUUUGGAUUCCAGGCCGUACCAACGGCCCUGUCUUUUAUUUCUGCCUUCUUUAUCAAGGAGAAGAAGCUGGGUUAG